CGCUCGUCAUUUCUAAAUGGCCUUUGUACCGUCGCAGGUGGUAUAUUCAACAUGCCCAACAAGUACUUCGUUUCAAAAUACGAUCGUACUUCCCUCCCUCAGGUCACGGACUUGAUCGGAUGGGAAGCGGGCAAGGGGAAAGUGUACGAUAUCUUCAAGGCACCAAUACUUUACCCCGACCACGUCGUGAAUGAGAAGAAAUGUUUCAAAAACUGGAUAGUCAUUGCAAAGGUCAUCAAGGUCGCGAUAUGCGGAAAGAUGUCAUUGUAUCCCAAAGCACGUGGCGGACCACCUCCCUACACCAAGAUAUGGCAGCUUACGAACUGCACUCCUGGCCUGAUUGCGUUUGGUGUCACAUCAACCAUAUUCAUCCUAUCACCAGACCAGGAAUUUUCGGGUGAUGGAGUCGGUGCUAUUUCCUCAAUUGCUUAUCACUCCAUCUUUCAGACGGUCAAGAAAUUCUUUGUUGUUAAGUGGACCCACCAGUGCAUCAAAUCCGUUGUUGAGCAGAUCAACGGAUAUGUAUUUGAUGGUGUUGUUAAGACACAGCCAUCCGACGACACUCCGUGCACUGUGGAGCACGUCACUGAAUCACUUGAUCGCGUAAUGGCUGCGCUGGAUGCUAGUGAUUCAGAC